AUGAGCGACAUCAUUCACGCCGACCCCUCCUCCGACAACUCAGACCUCGACCUCCCCCCUCUCGGCACCGCCCUCGCCACACCCGCCGGCCCGCUUAUCUACGCAGAAGCUCAGCGCCAAUACGCCGCUCUUGUCAGAACCUCGGCGCAAACCGCAAGAUUGACACGCUGGCGUGUCGACCUCGGCCGCUUCUACCAGGUCCAAUUCGAGACUGCGACAAAAGACCUGGAUGCGGGGCAAAAGGAAAAGUUACUGGUGGUUUGCUUCGCGUAUAAGACGCGGGAGCGGGUGCUGUGCUAUCUGGAGUGCCUGUUUGAUGAUGAGGGGUGCCGGUUUUGGGUGGGUAAGGGGGUAAGAGAAAUUGUGCUGAGGGCGGGAAGGGAUAGCCUGUUCGAUACGCCUGAUACCGACUCAGCGAACGAAACGGACAGCCAGGACGGCCAAGACGCUGUUUCGCCGCCGACGACGCACUCCUCUGCGUAUGCCAAUCCAGACUCACAGCCCGCAGCAUCAGGGAGGAGUAUCCCGACGUUCACCAUCCCUACGUUGCCGCUGGCCUACCCAACAGCUUACUUCUCCGCCUGGGCCAUGCAUGUGCCAAUUCCGCACCUUACGCUGGGUAGUUUUCUGACGCAGCCCGCGGUUUAUGGACUUGCGCUUUCGCGGCGCAUAUCUGAGCUUUUGCGUGCGAACGUGGGGAAAGUCUUCGGGACGGACACAGAGGACGGGACGGCAUCUGCAGUCUUCACAUCUUUGUCCGGGUGGAAGAUGCUGCGAUCGCGUGGUGCGUUAGAGGCGUGGAAGGAGACCGGUGGGCGGGAGGAUAGUGUUGAGCCUUUGGGCGACGACCGAGAUUCUCGUCGGGGUGGGCCAGUGGAGAAGGGGAGGAAACGGGUGAGAUUUGUCGUUCCUGACGACGAUGAUGACGAGAACAAGGUGGUGGAGAGGGAGCCUCAAGGCAUUCGAAAGCGGAGGAGAUGGGUUGUUGACGAUGAUGACGAUGAUGAUGAUGAGGUGGAGUCGGAGUCUCAAGGCAGUCGAAAACGGGUGAGAUGGGCUGAUGACGAUGACGACGAGGAGUAA